AUGAGUUUGAAGAAUCUUUAUCUUGGGUGGCCUGAUUAUGUCAUGCUCGUUGUUUUUCUUGGAUUAUCAUCGAUCAUCGGUAUCUGGCAUGGUUGCUUUGGAAAUAAACAGACGACUACAAAAGAUUUUCUUAUGGCUGGUGGCAACAUGGGUAUGUUGCCUACUGCAAUGAGUUUAUUUGCUACACUCUGUUCUGCAUCGACUUUGCUCGGUAUUCCAGUUGAAAUCUAUUAUUAUGGUACUAUGUAUUUGUAUUUUCUGCUUUCUUGGAUAAUAGCCGCGUACCUAACAAGUCAUAUUUUUAUUCCCAAAUUUCGAGAACUUGGUUUUAUUAGUAUUUAUAAGUACAUAGAACAAAGAUUCUCAUUGACAUUACGUAUUAGUGUUACACUGACGUUUAUCGUCAGUUUGAUCAUGUUUAUGUCCGUAAUUCUGUAUGGACCCUGCUUGGCAUUAAGUCAAGUCACUGGUUUAGAUGUUUGGCUUGCAAUCAUUUCAUGUGGAGUCAUUUGUACAUUUUAUACAAGCAUUGGUGGCAUGAAAGCUGUGAUUUGGACUGAUGUAGUACAAUCAUUUAUUAUGUUUCUUGGUGUUGUUCUUUCUAUAGUCUUAGGAUUUUCCAAUGCUGGUGGAAUUAAAAAAGUACUUGAAAUAGCAAUCGCUGGUCAACGCAUCGAUUUUUUCAACAUUAGCUUUGAUCCAACAAUACGAUACACAAUUUGGACAGCUCUUCUUGGUGGUACAUGCUAUGCUUUAUCAUGUUCUUCUAUCUUACAAACACAAACACAACGAUAUAUGUGUGUUGAUAGUACACGUGAAGCACAAAAAGCUAUAUGGAUAAAUACUUUCUUGCUUGUUUUAUUGCUUCUUUUAUGUGGUAUAGUUGGCCUUCUUAUCUAUGCAAAAUACCAUGAUUGUGAUCCAUUGAGAGCUAAAUUUGUUUCCAGAUCCGAUCAAUUCUAUCCAUUAUUUGUUAUGGAAACAUUUAGUCGUUUUCCUGGUCUAACAGGACUUUUCAUAGCUGCUGUUAUGAGUGGUUCUUUAAGUUCUAUAUCAUCAGGUGUCAAUAGUAUUGCAACAGUUAUUAUGGAAGAUAUUUGGAAACCUUUAAUGCCGACUAGAAUACCGUCUGAUAAAUUACAAACAAUAAUUUCAAAAUAUAUGUCUGUUGUCUUAGGUCUACUUACAAUUCUACUCGCUUUCCUCAUGUCCUAUUUGACAAAUAUUCUUGUGAUUGUAUAUUCCGUAACGGGCACAUUAGCAGCACCAAUCUUUGGUCUUUUUUUACUUGGUUUUUUCUUUCCGCGUGUUAAUAAUCGAAGUGCUUGUAUUGCAUAUUUCAUCACCCUUGUAUUUCAACUCUGGGUUCUUAUUGGUGCUAAUUUUACAUUACACCAACAACCAAAACGAAUCUUGCCAAUAUCCAUCGAUGGAUGUACAUCACUCAAUUUAAAUAAUAUUACACUCAAUACAAUUAAUUCAAAAUCCAUUAAUAAUGACAAUAAUUUGUUUUUGCCUUUAUAUUCUAUAUCAUUCAUGUGGUAUGGAUUUAAUGGUGUCUUAUUGACAGUCAUUAUUGGUCUUGUAUGUUCUUUGUUUUGUGGCAAUUCAAAAUCGGAAGUCAACAAAAUCGACUCAUAUCUAUUGAUAUCUUGUCGUCAAACUGUCUGCUGCUGUGGAUCGAAUGACAAGAAUUCACAAUAUGCUCAGGAAACAUUUAUUAAUGGUAGAAAAUACGAACAAGUCGAUGGUAUAGCUCCUGAAGAUAAAGAAUUAGUCAUAAUGUCUUCGUCUCAUGUUUGA